GGUUAACCCGACUUUAAGAGUGAAAAAACAGUGAAGCAAUCAUCGAAGUUUAUGAACAAUUGGAGGUGCUUUAAAAUAUUAACUAAUUAACGUGAAUUAUUGAAAAAACAUUCUGUAACGGAUUUUACGUACAUUCAAAAGUUACGAAGAAAACAACAAGAAAAACUACAUACAAGUGAAAAAAUAAUAAGGUCAGCUAACAUUAUUUUAAUACCUAAGUGUUUAUAUAAAAGACUUUUAACAAAAUAUUCAUAAAAAUACCCCAAAACUUAGUGAGUGUGAAAGCGCCAUCUAACUGAGAAUAUAAUAACUACGUAACUAAUCUGUUUUACUGACAUCAUACUACCAAACCGGAGAAACUGUUCACUACUCGCCGCAAGUGUCGCCUCUGCAGCUAUAUUUUAUUAAUACAGCGCUUAUCCCUGCGCAGUCUUCACUACUCGCCGCGUGUGUCGCCACUAUCUAAUUAAUCAGAAUGACGUAGCCAAACUGUUUGCAGAUGCUUAUGUCAAAGCAGCAACAACAAAUAAUGCAAUAAACGGUUUUAAGACAACUGGCCUGCUCCAAACAAACCGAUUCAUUUUUGAAGAAACUGAUUUUUAGCCAGCUUCUGUUACAGAAAAUCCAUUAAAUCCGAUCGAAAUUAAACAAGUUGAAGCAUCCUUGCUACUUGAACAACAAGCUGCUACUUGAAGCUACUAGAAUAAUAUCUUUGCCUUCGGUACUCGAAGAUGUAGCAAGCACCCAUGAUGUGUUUCCAUCGGAAACUUUAGAGGAAAAACAUGUGACUCCUCCACCGGCUUUAAAUUUUGCAUCCCAAAAUCGUGUUCUGACGCCCCCACAAAUUGACCCAGGAAGACAGGUAAAUAAUCCAGUUAAUAGACAUGAUCUUGGUGCGUUCUACCUGCCAGCAACAGACAUUCAGCAUUCCACAGCUUACAACAAACAACCAUUAUAAUUAUUUUUUGUACCUUUUAUAUCUUCGGCGGAAAAUGACAACAAAACGGGCAGCAUUGGGUUCACCCUAUUUAUCAAGCGCGAUAUUCGGAAGGAGCAUUUUAUACAUUAUUUAAUUAAGUCCAAGAAUCGUCUAUUAAAUUUUAUAACUACCUGUUUUCCAAUAAGUGAAACUACAUUUGAGUAAUUAUUUGUUAACUCACCUUACCUAAUUUAAUUUAUUAUUGAGAAUAAAUGAUGAUUUCCCUAAUAAUAUCAUACCUACGUAAGCAGUUCGUUGUUGAUUAAUAAUAAUCAACAACGAACAACAACUAACAAUAUAUGGUAUAUGAAUACAAUAGGUAUAAACCUAUUGUAUUCAUAUACCAUAUAUUGUUUUUUAGAUGCCGUUGAUGAGGAAUUGCGGUCAGCAGAUAGGCCGAGUACUAUGAAAAUAAUAUAAUUAACAUACGAAGAAGUCCAAGCCGAACUUCAAUACAUGCAACAAAAAGUUACACCGAGGAUGGCGCAUCAAACAUAAAUCGUCACGAAGUCACAAGCCACAUUAACAUAAAUCUUGAGGAGGAGGCGACCCAAGCAGCAAAUGAACGUGCUAUAAUGGUCGAAAGCACGUUCUUGUUUUCGCUUUAAGUUCUAUAAAAGUUCUUAAAACAGUCGAGUACAAGUGCUGUAAACGUUUACUCGACGCGAAAAAGGCGCAAAUUAUUCAGACUAAAGUCCUAUUAAAGUGGAAUAAGCGCUGAGUAAGCAGCAAAAAGAUGCUGUAAGAUUUGAGUAAAAGUGGCAGAAAACAUUAAGAGUGUUUUAAGAGCAACCAAAAUGCGUAUAUAGGAUAUUUAGUUCAAUAAACGCAAUUGAUUUGCUAUUAUACAGAUAAAGUGUGCUAUAAUAGCAGCCGAAUUGCUUUUAUUCGCCUUUUUAGUUCUAUAACAGCGAAUAGAAUGCUUUUACUCGACUAAUAAGUGCUGUAAACGAUCUAAGGGAGGCUCUUAUACCAUUUUCUUCUCAACGUGUGCGAGCGAGCGUGUGCUACCUGCAUAAUAUUUGUAAAACAAUAAUUAAACUACAUCUCAAAGGUAAUUCCAUAUUAUCAAGUUUUUGAGCAAUCAAUGUGAUUAUUUUAACUGUUCGUGUAGCUACUCCAAAACAUCAUGCGAAACAAGCUUUAUUGAUAAACCCAAAGGCAUUUUUACAAAAACAUUCAUGCACUGCCUAUUUUCUUAAAUUUGACGACUAAUUUAUUUAUUUUAUUUUUAUUUCCCACACUUACAACUAUUUUUACAGGUACUAAACCUAAGACAAUAGUGUAACUACUUAUAUAUAAAAAUACAAUUUAAAAUAUAUCAUUAAAUCUAUAACAUAAUAUAUACAGUGCUGACUUUGUGAAUUCAUUCAGAGAACAUGAGAAUAUGUCAAUAUUCUCCGCCAUUAUUAUUGAGGGUCCGCACAGCGCGCGUCAGCGGCGCCAGACCGAGCAGAUUUGUGCGCCCGCGCGGCUCGGCCAGCAAUCGCGGCCGACGCCGGCGCCACACAUACCCGUCGGGCACGUACACGCUCACAUACCUCAAUACCUGACUGUUGUGCAGUUUUCCUCUGAGCAGUUUAAAAAUGUAUGUUGCCAGGCAUAGCUCUCUGCGCACCCGUAACUCGUUAUAUCCUACCAUACCAAGAACGAAUAACGAAUAAAAUUAAAUAUACUUAAAAUAAUUGUUUUUAAUGCCAAUGUCCAUAUUGAUAAUCUAGUUGCAGUUACAGCUAACUUAUUCUAUUAAAAGUCGAGUUAGAGUGCUGUUCACCACAUUUAUAGCACAAGGUGUCGCCAUGAUAACAGGAUUUAGGGUUCGCUUCGUACGAGACCAAAAACCCCAAUUUCAUUAUGAUUAUUUUUCUUUAAAGGAACAUCUUAUUUCAUAAUACAAUGCCAGACUUCUUGGAUGUUGAUACCUUUCUUAAUAAAAAUGAUUUAAAUCAACUUCACCAAUUGAGAUGGCCUUGGAAGGAAACGCAUUUUAUAUUAUCAGAUAAAUGUAACGGAUGUGGCCUUAGCACAAACGAUAACUCAAACCGAAGAAGGUUUCACUUUGUUUUACCUGACAAUAAAAUAAAGCAUUUACUAAAUACCGGUUUCUUUUGGUGUCGAGGUUGUGCUUACUUUGCUGUUUAUGAUCAUUUUACGAAUGAUGAGUGUUAUUAUUGUAACUAAAUAUUUUUACAACCCUAAGGUGAGUGUACGAACUUUACUCAGGGCGUUCGUAAUGUCACGCGUGAUCAUGGUGGCCAGCUCGGCUCAUGUCAUGCUGUUUUCGAAGAGGAAUUCGGGCUUUGACUAGAGGUCAAGUUACGCUGGACACUGGAUUUUCUUUUCGGCUAUAGCAGUCGGGUUAUUUUUAUAUGGGUUCUAUUUUAUUUAGAUAGAUAGACAACCACAACACUACGAGAUGUGUUAAUAGAUUAUACUUCGUCUGUGAGCACUUUUAUGCUCGGGAAAGUCCCUAAAAUUUAUCUGCAGUUGCCCUUCUCGCUCGCAUGCUUGAAUUGUCGUCGGGGAAGUCCCAAACCUCGAAAUAAGAAAAGCAAUUUUGAACUUAAAUUGUAUGAAUAUAAAGUUGUUUCUUUGAGGAAUCUUAAAAAAUAAGUGGUCGGUUAAUUUUGCUUAGUAAUGCAAUUUCAGCCUUACUGUAAACCGUAAUAGUAUACAAAAAGGCUGGAAUAAUGUCUUCGCAAGUAGUAAUGUACAAGCCAGUUUGAUUCAGUUGUGAAGUGAGCUAUCAUGACGUGCGUUGCGACUUUCGUUUUGUUUUAUUUAAUAUUGUGAUGUGCGUGUAAUUUUUAUAGCUAACAGAGUAAACUUUAAUUUCAGUGCUAUGUCAUUCAAAAUUGUUCAGACAAUUGAAAAUGGACGUCUUUUAUUAUGGACUGUGCCAUCAGUAUGGGAAAGUAAUGGUAUAUUAAAGUGGCCACUACACAAAGUUGAGAAGUUACGGCGAGAUCCAUUAUCAACGCCAAAAGAUAACUGGAGAUCUACCGGUUGCAUUGUAAAAAGAAACGACAUCCCCACAUUUCAAGCCGCAAAUAUUAAUAAAAAUAUGAGUGAUCUGAGUGAUACUGAAACGGAAACUUCAAAAAACGUACUUUCAACAUACCAAACACAGCAGCAUCUACAAUCAACCAGCCAUGAAAGUCAGGACAAGGAUUUCAAUAAUUUAAUACGUAUUUGCGACCAACAACAACCACAGUAUUUUCAGAUGAAUCAACCUACAGUUGAGGCCGAAGUUACGGUACAUCAAGCCGCUGAAUCAUUGCCAAACUAUAAACAUGGACAGAUGAAUAUAUCCGCUAGUGUUGACGCCGAAAAAUCACUGCCAAAAUUUACUACAGAACAACAACCAAGAGAGCAAAAUUAUGAAAUUAUAGUUCUGCCACCUGAAGAAGCUGGAGCGCUUAUUCCCACAAAUUUGACAGAGUCGAUUGAAGCCUUGAGUUCUAAGUUAGCUACUAUUCAGGAUAAUCAAGUAGUACUGAGUUCUAAUCAGAUAUUAGUUUUGGAGAAAUUAGCAAUUAUAUCUACUCAAUUAGAUGAAUUUAUGCAACGCAUAUCUGUAGCGGCAUUAACAGGAAAAAGUGAACGGGACGUUGAUAAUAUAUUUAAACCUAUCACAAAUAAGAAACGCUUUGACGAUUUCGAAGAAUCUCUUAAGAGUGAGCAUAAAAAACAAGAAAUAAAAAAACAAUUAUCAGUUAUUUGCGGCAAAGGAAAAGGCAGAGCAAUUAAUAAUGCAUAUGCAUUAUUGGACGGUAUGUUUGACCGGGAAUUUUUGACCGGUUGUUCGUGGGCUGGUGGAACACGUGCUGAAGCAGUGGCGUAGCAUAGGUCACUCGCACCCGGUGCGGAUCCCAAAUUUGCCGCCCUCUUAUUUUUGUCAUCCAUUAUAAAAAAUUUGGGCAUGGUGUAAAAAGAGUACUUUUAUUAGUUUUAUUGAAUAAUUUAUUGAAUUGAAAAGUGAAAUUAACAUUUUUAUAUUAGUAUAUACUGCCUAGUUUCAUACGAGAAGCCGCGAAAUCGAAAAAUUGGGGCAGCUGCAGCAAUUCGCUAAUUCGCAAGCUUGUUUUUAUAUCUUGCUUUUUACUCAAAGUCAUGUGAAACGACGGUCUGUCAUUGCCGUAUUACGGUGAAGUACAAAGAAUGCGUAAGGAGACAUUUAUUUAAAAUAACAUUGAAACGAAAUAAGUUUCCUAAAUAAUAGUUAUUGAGAAACCUUGUGCUUGCAUCACCCAUGCAUAGAACCUGCAUAGGUACCCGGAUUUGGUAACAAAAAAAAUGACGAAAAAAACACUGGAAGAAAUUAACUUUUUUUUUUAUAUUAAAAAAAAAUAAUUAAAUUAAUUUUUUUUUUUUUUAACUGACACCUCCGCAGCGCCGCCCCCGGCUAAGUGCCGCCCGGUGCGGACCGCACCCUCCGCCCCCCCCAUGCUACGCCACUGUGCUGAAGGCUCGAAAAUAUGUUUUAAAAGUUACCGGAAUACGAUAGAUCUCUUCUUUAAAAUAGUCCACAUGUCUGAUGAAAGCUUUACAAUGCAAGAGUGUAAUUCGUUUCUUAAGAAUGUUCUCCGAAACGCAAAAAAGAGGCAUAAUUCGAAAAAUUUAAGAAUUUCUCAUCAAAAGAAAAGAGCAAAAAUGAUGAAAGAAAAAACAACAGAAGAUAAUCAGCUUAACAAUUCAAUUUAGUCACCAAGACUUGACGAUAUAAAUGAAACUAUUCAAGUAGAUGCUGUUGAUGAUAACGUCAAUGAAGAAGAAAUCAAUACACAUGAAAACGAGGAGUUAGACUUAUGUUAGAUUUGAUUAUUUAUGCUUGUUAUUUUUAAUAUCUAAAUAUUGAUCUCGUUGCUCUUUAAUAGUUAUUGAAGCACUUUAGAGCAAAACAAAUUUAGUUUUUACGAUGUUGCGAGAAAAACUUUUUGGAAUGGUUGAUUUAUUUUUGAUCAUAUUGUGAGUUAAUUUACUGUUACAGAGGCUUUUAGAGAUUGUUGAUUUUUACUUUUAGAAUACCUUAGGUACUGAUCAUGUGAAAAGACUGUUAGUGGAUGGUUAUGUUUAAAUAUCCAAGUACUGAAUAUCGUGACCCUUUAGGUAAUUAAUAGUUAGGGAAGCACCUUUAUGGAAAGCAUGAUUACCUACAUAUUUGUCAUAAUUUUGUUUUUACGAUACUGUUAAAUAGUUAGUUAUUGUUGAUUUUUACU